UACAACCACUGCUUUCGUCAUCAGUCAGCGACAAACAUGGCGGCCUGUGGGCUCCUCCGCUCCGUGUCUUCCAACUUUAUUACAGUUUUGCCUGCUCUUAGCCGCUCGGCACCACUUUGCCCGUGGCGACGUGUUUCUAAACCUUGUUUCGGAAGAACUAUAGCAUCUUCUAGCCGAUUAUCUGCAGCACUAAAAUUUACAGACAAGCACGAAUGGAUUCGAGUGGAAGACGAUGGGAAUGGGACUGUGGGUAUAAGCAACUUUGCCCAGGAGGCUCUUGGAGAUGUAGUUUACUGUGGACUACCAGAGGUGGGAACACAGCUGGCUCAGCAAGAUGAGUUUGGAGCUCUGGAAAGUGUUAAGGCAGCCAGUGAACUCUAUUCUCCAUUGACUGGGGAAGUUGUAGAGGUCAACGCUCUGCUGGCAGACAAACCUGGGCUGGUCAACAAAUCCUGCUACAAAGAUGGUUGGCUGAUGAAGAUGACCAUCGCUAACCCUGCUGAGCUCGACGCCCUCAUGGACGAAGCGGCUUAUGAGAGAUACAUUCGCUCCAUUGAAGACUAACACAACCCCCCUCUUCUAACAUAAGACCUCUCUUCUUUAUGAACAUAACUGGCAGGAAAACCCCCAAGUAGUGCCUGUGUCAGUUACAAUGCUGCGCUAAGCAUUCACCAGUGGAGUUCAACAGUUUCAGACUGCUGACCUGCCAGUUUUGUAAUGCUGUGAACAUUAGGAGACCUUUAUUUACUGUUAAAGACUGACUUUAGGACUGUCCAUCUGCACUGAUGAAACAUCCAUUUAUGAGUUGUUGCAGCCUCAAAACCCCAUACUAGAGAGAUUGAGACUCAGCAGAAAUUUCUAAGCAUUUCAGUCAUAUAAGGAAACUUGAAAAUAGGUUGUGAAACAUUGUUAGAUGUAAAAAGCACCUUUUCUUUAUGGUAUUAACAAUAAAGUUGGUCUACACUGCAUGUGUGACAGUAACACUGUAGAUACAGGACCUGUAAAUAAAUAAACAUUUCCUGAAACAUUUUA